AUGCUGCUGGAGGACGGACCGACAGGCCUGUAUGAUACUAUUAAGAUGGAGCAACGAGAGAAGAAGAGAAAGGGCUUGUGCACAACUAUCGAGGAGAAUGGCAUUGAGACUUUUGCGCAGUAUUUAGAGGAGGAGUCCUCAGGAGGAGGAACCUUCUACACCGCCGACAUGCCAGUUCUGGACCAAGAGCCCUCCCAAGAUUUAGGGGGCAGAGAGGGUGUUCCCAAGCUGCCGCUCCCCGCCCUGAAAGACACACUGGACAUGUACCUGAGGUGCAUGGAGCACCUGCUCACAGGGGAACAGUUCAAUAAGACCCAACAUGUGGUGAAGCAGUUUGGAGCCCCUGGAGGAGUGGGGGAGCUACUACAGAGCAAACUGGUGGAGAGGAGGGAGAGCAAGGCAAACUGGGUGUAUGACUACUGGCUGAAUGACAUGUACCUGACCAACAGAAUGGCUCUGCCCGUCAACUCCAGUCCAGUGAUGGUCUUCCCUCAGCAGCACUUCAAGGCUCCCAUGGACUCUUUAAGGUUUGCUGCACACUUAAUUUCUGGAGUUUUGGAGUACAAGACUCUUCUUGAUUCACGUUCCCUGCCUGUGGACUACGCCCGGGGCCAGCUGGCUGGAACCCCUCUGUGUAUGGAGCAGUACUAUCGCCUCUUCACUUCCUACCGCCUACCGGGGCCUGAGAGGGACACGCUGGUGGCCCAGGAGAGUAGCGUGAUGCCAGAACCUGAACACAUCAUUGUGGCUUGUAAAAACCAGUUCUUUGUGAUGGAUGUGGUGAUCAACUUCCGCCGACUGAAUGAAAGAGACCUGCUGACUCAGCUGGAGAAGAUCGCCAGGAUGGCUGACAGCGAAGAAGAGCGGGUCCCACCUAUUGGUCUCCUCACUUCAGACGGACGGACAGAGUGGGCCAAGUCUCGCAGCGUGCUAAUGAGAGAGUCUACAAACAGGGACUCUCUGGACAUGAUCGAGCGUUGUCUGUGUCUGGUCUGUCUGGAUGACGCCAGUGGGCCGGAGCAAGGUGACACCACACGAGCCAUGUUGAUGCUGCACGGCGGAGGAGUGGCCAAGAAUGGGGGCAACCGCUGGUACGAUAAGCCCAUGCAGUUUGUCGUAGGAGCUGACGGCUGCUGUGGAGUCGUGUGUGAACACUCACCAUUUGAGGGGAUUGUCCUCGUGCAGUGCACAGAGUAUCUACUGAAAUACAUGGUUGGCAGCCCAUCAAAGCUGGUCAGGGCUGCAAGUGUGAGCGAGCUGCCUGCGCCACGCAGGCUCCGCUGGAAAUGCACUCCAGAGAUCCACAAGCUCCUCGCCUCUUCUGCUGACAAACUACAGAGACAGGUGAAAAAUCUGGACAUGAAUGUCCACAAAUUCUACGACUACGGGAAAGAGUUCAUCAAGAAGCAGAAAAUGAGUCCCGACGCCUACAUCCAGGUUGCUCUCCAGUUGGCCUACUACCGAUGUCACGGCAGGCCGGUGUCGACCUAUGAGAGUGCUUCUAUACGGCGUUUUCAGGAGGGCAGAGUGGACAACAUCCGCUCAGCCACACCAGAAGCCCUAGCUUUUGUCAAAGCAAUGACUGAUGGGAAACUGAGCACAAGCGAUACAGAGAAGAUGGAGAUGUUACGAGGUGCCAUAACCGCGCAGACAAAGUAUACGAUUCUGGCUAUUACAGGGAUGGCAAUAGACAAUCACUUACUAGGACUUCGUGGAAUUGCACAUGAACUGAAGAUGGAGAUGCCAGAUUUAUUCAAAGACGAAGCCCAUCUCAUCAGUAAUCAGUUCAUUCUCUCUACAAGUCAGGUUCCUACUACUGUUGAGAUGUUCUGCAGCUACGGACCCGUGGUUCCAAACGGAUAUGGAGCGUGUUACAACCCUCAGUCAGACCACAUUAUCUUCUCCGUGUCCAGUUUCCGCGAGAGCCCGCAGACAUGCUCAGCAGAAUUUGUCAAGUGUCUGGUGCAGGGACUCAUGGACAUGAGGGAGCUGUGCAAUAAAUGCAACUCCAGCUCCAAUCCAACGCAGCAAAGACAGAGUCAGACGCUGGAGACGCACACGCAAACAGACACAAACUGGCAAAGCAAAACACCGCAGAGACCACCUGACCUGACCAAGAAUCAGCAAACACUGCCACAGGUUCUGCUGAAUACACCAAACCAGACUAAAGUGGAGGCUCAAACCCAGACUUCAUCACAGGGAGGGGCGCAAGCUUUGAAGAACGGAAGUAAAUCGUAAGAAACUAUCAGAGCCAGUGAAAAUAGUGGUGGUGUGAUUUUAAAAGUGUGUUUUUGUGCUGCCACAAUGCAUUCCUCUCGAAUAAAUCACAACAUAUACAUUAACUGUGAAACAAAAUGUUACGUAAAGCUGUAUGUUGUAUACUGUACUGUAAUACUGUUACUUCUUCUUAGAGAAUAUUAGAAGUUAUUAUAAAGGGAUGCAGUAAUUCAAAUGUCUGUCAUAAUGUAAACAAAACAAAAAAAAUCAAGCCAAAUUUGAGCUGUUGAUUGUUGUUUUGCACUAAAUUGAGAUGAAUCAGCCAAAGAAAAGAGUACAUUUAUUGUUUGGUGUCGAGCAAAAGUAGUCUGUGAGUUAUGAUAAAUGGCUGAUUGUCUCUCUUCGUCAACUUGCAAAUCGCAUGCUGCUAACUAAUGAUUUAUGAAGAUUAAGGUACAUUGUAAAACUAGAAUCUUCUAUGCAAUUUCUAUUUGUGUUUUCUUCAUGAAUGGUGUUUAUCGUACCAACAAUACAUGUGGUAUUACUUACAUGUAAGUAUCCUUUUAUAAAAUCAUAAAUGUUUAGUUCGUACUGUAUUCCAUAUACUGGAAAAAAAACACCUGACUUUAAAGGGAUACUGUUUAGCUUAUCAAAGAAUGUUAAGUGUGAUCAAAAAUGUGUAUUUGUAAAUUUAUGAGCAGAAUAUAUCAAUUAAGUUAUUUAUUUUUGUAUGAUAUAACUUAAUGUUACAAAGUGUAAAUGUAAGUUUGAAAAUAUGAAACUUGCUAACCAGAGGUGAUCACUGUGUUUAUGAAGUAUUGUAUUUAUGAAGUGCUGUUGAAGAUUAAAAGAAAGAAACCAAAAUCUAAUGAAGGCCUGGGUUCAUAUUGAUGUUUACAGAGUGGAUGCAUAUCAAUACCAUGUUUGAGUUUGAAAUAAUCUAGCCUGAGUGUGUUUCAUAAAAAAUGUGUCACCUUACAGACUAUCCACUUAUCCACCACAUUCAUGGUUGCUAAGGCAACUGAGCAUGUCAGUAACGGUUCUGAAUUUAUGGACCAGUUGCAUCAAAGAACGUAUAUCGCCAAGAAGUGAAAGUCAAUAGUUCAUUCCAUUGCAACGUCAGCGCCCAGCAGCAGAGCCACGC